AUGGGUUCUUCCAGGGGAGUCACCACGACAUUAAUCUUCUCACCAUUAGCAACCACUUUCCUCGUCACCAUAGGUUUGCUCCUUUGCCAGUCGAACGCUCAGUUGACUUCAACAUUUUACGCCACCACCUGCCCCAAUGUCUCCGGCAUCGUCAGCACCGUGAUUCAACAAGCUCUCCAGUCCGAUGCCAGGAUCGGCGCCAGCCUCAUCCGCCUCCACUUCCACGAUUGCUUCGUCCAGGGAUGCGAUGGGUCGAUCCUGCUAACCGACAAUUCGACGACAAACAUCCAGAGCGAGCAAAACGCUGCGCCGAACGUCAACUCCGCGAGAGGGUUCGGGGUGGUUGACAACAUCAAGACCGCCGUGGAAAACGCUUGCCCCGGCGUCGUGUCGUGUGCCGACAUUCUUGCUCUCGCCGCCGAAGCUUCCGUUUCUCUGUCAGGAGGGCCUUCAUGGAGCGUACCGCUGGGAAGAAGGGACAGCAGAAGUGCUAACCAAGGUGGAGCCAACGCUUCGAUUCCUGCUCCUUUUGAUAAUCUUUCCAACCUUACCUCCAAGUUUAGUGCAGUUGGGCUCAACACCAACGACCUUGUUGCAUUAUCAGGGGCCCACACGUUCGGGCGGGCGCAGUGCAGGACGUUCGUGAACCGGCUGUACAACUUCACCGCAUCAGGACCCGACCCGACCCUGAGCUCAUCCUACGUGACGACCCUGCAGCAGACGUGUCCACAGAACGGGAACGGAGCAGCUCUGGCGAACCUGGACCCGACCACGCCCGACGCCUUCGACAACAACUACUUCUCCAACCUCCAGGGCAACCAGGGACUGUUGCAGUCCGACCAGGAGCUGUUCUCCGCCAACGGGGCUCCCGUCGCGCUGGUCAACGCAUUCAGCGCCAACCAAACCGCAUUCUUCCAGAGCUUCGCUCAGUCUAUGAUCAACAUGGGCAACAUCAGCCCCUUGACCGGGAGCAGUGGCGAGAUUAGGCGGGAUUGCAAGAUCAUUAAUUGAUUAUUUGCUCCAAAGGAGGAAAGCGGACAUGCAAAAAAAGUUUGUUUGUCGAGGUAGUGUGGCAAUUGGGAUACUCUCAAAUCUCAAUGGGGGUGUUUUUGUUUUUGCUUUCUCAUUUGUUCGAUUUUCAUAUAUGUGUG